UGAUCAUGUACUUGAACUUUUAGAAAUACAGUCCCGUACAAUAAUAAUGGGGACCUGUGGCCCUGCUAACUCCACUGGUAUUCGUUAACAUCAACCCCCAGCCCAAUGCUAGCCCACUAGAAAUAAUGUCCGCAAAAUGUCUCGCGACAGCUUUAACCUCGGAAACAGGCGAGGAUUACUUUAGACAUGUUCAAUGGAGUGCAGAUGGAACAUGUCUGCUGGCGGUCACUGCCUCGAACUCUAUAUAUACCUAUGUAGUACCUCCAGAUCUUAUGGAUGAAAGGGAACAGCCUCUCGACCUGUCGGUAUAUUGCAAGAUCACAUCUAAUGAUCCUGUCAAUGCAUUGACUGGGUAUCCUCACUUUGAUCUCACUGACCCGCAAACCACCCUUGUGCUAUCAGCACGGCGGGAUCUGCCCAUCAAACUGAACUCGGCGUUGACGGGUCAACUCGGCGCGUCGUAUCCUUUGAUCAAUCCCAUGACCGAGGCAUACAUCUGUCCCAAUUCGUUGACUUUCAACUCUAUUGGAGAUCGGUUCAUUGCUGGUUCUGAAUCUCUCAUUUCUACUUUUGAUCUGUCCCGACCUGGUCAGGAGCCAAUCUCGGCCAUUCCCACAGGACCCCGCCGACGGGGCGAUUCUCAUCAUAAUCCAGCCAUCAAUAUGAGAGGGCUGAUAUCCACCCUUGCCAUCGAACCAUCCACCCACGUUCUUGCUGCAGGCACAUUCAAUCGAUCGAUAGGGCUUUAUGAGUCUAUGGGUGACGGAGAAUGCAUCGGCGUGUUUUCUGUCAAAGGGAACAGCGCAGAUGCUGCAAUCCGUGGCAGUGGUGUCACACAAGUCUCCUGGAGUCCAUGUGGCAGGUAUUUGUACAUUGCCGAAAGAAAAAGUGAUGGACUGCAUCUUUACGAUAUCAGAAAGACCGGUCAGCUUUUGACGUGGUUGGAAGGUCGGAACUCGGUCACAAACCAGCGCAUGUCGUUUGAUAUCUUUCCAACAGACCAAGAGGGGGGCCAUGAAGUCUGGGCCGGAGGAAUCGAUGGAAAAUUGAGAGUAUGGCGAAAUCCCCAUCAUUCAGAAGGUCCAAUGCCGCCUUCAUCUGAGUUUGAUGCUCACAAUGAUGUUGUCUCAACUGCAGCAAUCCACAAGACAGGGACCGUAAUUGCAACCACAUCUGGACAGAGGCAUUUCCCUGAUCUUGGUGGAGAAGAAACAGUGGGAGAUGGGAAUGCUAGAGAUGGCUCAUUGAAAUUGUGGGCGGUAGACUAGUGAAACCCCCCAGAUUUGUACUUCUUCGGAUUUCAAGUCUUUCAUUUUGGCGGCCAUUUUCCUCUUGAUACUCCCCAAGCCUUUACAACCUUUUGAUUUCCAAGUCCCAAGUCCAGUUCUGU